AUAACCUACCAAAUUGUUAGUGGUGUUUUUCCCCCCUAUGGAAAUGAAUUGUUGAAUUAGUUUGACAGUGUUCAGGUAGAAAGCUGCUUGGCUGACGUGAAGUGCCAUUAGAGUGAAACUGUGUUUAUGUGGAUGAAGUUAGUUCUGCGGGCAGGUAAAUGGACUUCCUGACUCUUUUCGGGAUCUAUGUGGCGGUGGUUCUCUCCUGCAUCGCCCUGGUGUGUAGAUACUCAGGCCAACACCGCUCUCCUUUCAGCCGAGCAUACAGCCUUCUCUUUGAGGUUGUUUCUCCUUGGAUUCCACAAUGUAUUCAAAAUAUUUGCUACUGGAGUAUGCACAAAAUCUUUCAUCAGAGAAAUCGCACCUUCGUGUACUUACACCUCAUUCUCGAGGCUGCUAUAUAUGGAGAAUUCUCCUAUGAGAUCUUUGGGUUCUGUUUGGAAAUGGACACCACUUUGUUUAACGUGUGCCUUCCCUAUUUCUUCCUGGCAAUUAAGUCGUAUGUCUUUUACCUAUGCUGUAGUAAAGAUCCCGGUACACUGACAAAAGAAAACCACACACUUCAAUUAAAGGUGUACGAGUAUGAUCAGAAGCUGUUUCAAGAGGGACUUAUUUGCCAAACAUGUCAGUUGGUGAAACCUGCCAGAUCGAAACACUGUAGUGUAUGUGAUCGAUGUGUCCUGAGAUUUGACCACCACUGUGUGUGGGUGAAUAAUUGCAUCGGUGCUCAAAACACUAGAUUUUUCCUGCUCUACUUGCUGAGUGUUUGUGCCAUGGCAGGCGAUAUUGCACUUCUCACAGUAGACAUGUUGUUUCAUUCCGUCGUGCGAUCUGGAAUCAUGCAUGCACAGUAUGUUGAUUCAGACGGUCAGCAACAGCCUGUAGGACUACUGUUUGUCAUUCAGCACCUCUUCAUGACCUUUCCCAGGAUAGUCUUCAUGCUUGGCUUUGUGGUAUUUGUAUUUUUUCUUGUGGCGGGAUAUACCAUGUUUCAUUGUUAUCUGGCUCUGGUGAAUCAGACAUCUAAUGAAUGGUUCAAGCAGAAAGGCCAUGGCUGCCAGCACUGCAAUCCUGUCUCUGAACAUCGAUGCCGUACUUCCUACAACCCAUUCCGGGGCUUUUAUCACAGAGGAAUCCUCAAAAACCUUGGAGAAAUAGUUUGGCCUCUAUGCCCUACUCAGAAGAAAGACAAUUAGUUUUUGGUUAAAGGACAACAAAAAGAAAUGUAUAGCAUUUUUCUACUAAAUCCAGUUACAGUGAUUUGUGAUACAAAGCUGUUUUGAUGCAAGUUGUUAAGAAAUAAGGGACACUUACAGCACACUUUUUUUAUGAUUACAGACUUUGACACUUAUUUAUAAAAUGUGCAAAAGGAUGUUACAGAACUAACAAAACAUAAAAAACAUUCUUUAUUAUAUAGUUUUGUAUAUAGUUUUUGAUGUUAUUGUUUAAAUUCAGAUUCUAUGAAAAAGGUUUACAAACAUGUGACUAAAUUUACUCCCUGGGGCAGUUUGUGAGAAAUUAGAUGCAGUUUGCUUAAUGAUUUUUCUUUUACUUAUCAUUUAUAAUUCUGUAUCUCCAGUAUAAAACAGAAAAGCACAUUUUGGAUCCCAGACAUGUAUUUACUUUUUUAUAUGUCGUUACCUUUAUCUGAAAUUACUUUGUUUUGGUAAGGGGUUUGUUUAAAUAAAUGUUUUCUUUUUUUUUUUUAUUUUAUAUCUGAUGAUUGUUACACAAGUGACUGUACAUCAUUUGUGUUUCUUCCACAUUCCCUGCUGAACAAUCCAUCAGCUUCUUGAUGGCAAAAUUCAGGCUGAGCUAAUCAAAGCUAAUGCAAACAAAUGUAUUUUAUUUUAUAUUUUACAAAAAUGAAAUGGCAGUAUUGCAGUUAGAAUCAAACUAAAUAAUUUACUCAAGAAGGUAAAAAUAGGUACAGUAGUUUAGUGGUUAAGGUCAUUGGACUUUGGAUCCCAAGAUUAUGAGUUCAAAUAUCAGCCACACCAAACUGCCACUUCUGGGCCCCUGAGAAAGGCCCUUAACCCCAUAGCUGCUCAGUUGUACGAAUGAGGAAAAAUGUAAGUCGCUCUGGAAAAGAGCAUCUGCCAAAUGCCAUAAAUGUAACUAAGGAAAAUAUGGUCUAUUCAUAUUGGUCUGUGUUCUGGUGGUUAUCAGAACCGAGCUAGAUUUUUCAGCAGGGUUGGUCAAACAUAAAGUGAUUGGUAUUCAUCUAAAAUAUAAUUAAGGACUGGAAAAUAAUAAUAAAAACAGUAUCCAGGCUGAUGAACCCAGUACACACCA